CCUGCCGUCCUGCGACUGCGGAGUGGCCGUUGCUGCUUCCCUUCCACUCCCACGGUUCCACCCCCGCCACCGUUUGCCCCCUUCCUCCUCCUCCGGCACCACAGUGCCACACCACUCCUAACCCUAAUCCGUGCGAGCCAAACCCUAGCCGCAAGAUCCGCUCGCCGCAUGCCUCUCCCUUUCCGGCAGCGGUGCCGGCUGAGCUGAGCCGGACAGGCAGCUCCCUUCGACGCAGCGGACGUCGUUGCAGUUACAGCCGGCACCAUGGGCUGCGUCUGCGGCCGCCCCUCCGCCUUCGACGACGGCCAGUGCCGUGCGACGCCUCCGCCGGCCGCGAAGCUCUCGGCGGUGGUGAGGAGGGAGGAAGAGGCGCGGAAGCAGCAGCUGCAGCUUCAACAGCAUGCGAGGGCAGGGAGCGGGAGGGAGGAGGCGCUGGAGAGGAGGCGGGCGAUGAUGGCCAUGGCGGCGGCGUGCCAGGUGAGGAGCCCGGUGCCGAGGGCGGUUGAGGCGGAGCAGGUGGCCGUGGGGUGGCCGCCGUGGCUCGUCGCCGUCGCCCCGGAGGCCGUGCGUGGAUGGGUGCCACGCCGCGCCGAGUCGUUCGAGAAGCUUGACAAGAUUGGUCAGGGUACAUACAGCAACGUUUACAGAGCUCGUGAUCUUGAAAAGCAGAAGAUUGUUGCUUUGAAGAAAGUGCGCUUUGAUAAUUUGGAACCUGAGAGUGUGAAAUUUAUGGCAAGAGAAAUCCUCAUUUUGCGCCGACUUGAUCAUCCAAAUGUUAUCAAGCUAGAGGGUCUAGUAACAUCAAGGAUGUCCUGCAGCUUAUAUCUUGUUUUUGAGUACAUGGAGCAUGAUCUAGCUGGACUAGCUUCUUUCCCUGGAGUAAAAUUUACCGAGUCUCAGGUAAAGUGUUACAUGCAACAGCUCCUCCGUGGUCUUGAGCAUUGCCACAGUCGUCACAUUCUGCACCGUGACAUUAAGGGUUCAAAUCUCUUGAUUGAUAACCGAGGCAUAUUGAAGAUAGCAGAUUUUGGAUUAGCAAGCUUCUUUGAUCCUGAACAACGGCAUCCUUUGACUAGUCGUGUUGUCACGCUAUGGUAUAGGCCACCAGAGCUCUUGCUCGGUGCCACCAAUUAUGGUGUUUCUGUAGACCUCUGGAGUGCUGGCUGCAUUCUUGCCGAGCUAUAUGCUGGCAAGCCCAUCAUGCCUGGUAGAACAGAGGUUGAGCAGUUGCAUAAAAUAUUUAAACUGUGUGGUUCCCCGUCAGAGGAUUAUUGGAGGAAAUCUAAGCUUCCCCAUGCCACCAUUUUCAAACCGCAACACCCGUAUGCAAGGCGUGUACCAGAAACAUUUAAAGAGUUCCCUGCUCCUGCUCUGGCAUUAGUAGAUAUUCUCCUCUCAGUAGACCCAGCAGAUCGUGGAACUGCGUCUUCUGCAUUGCAAAGUGAGUUUUUUACAACAAAGCCAUAUGCUUGCAAUCCUUCAAGCUUGCCUAGGUAUCCCCCAAGCAAAGAGUUUGAUGCAAAACGUCGGGAAGAGGAAGCUCGAAGGCAAGGUGUUACUGGAGGAAAGCAACAUAAACAUGAUCCCGAAAGGAGAACUAGAGAAUCAAGAGCAGUCCCUGCCCCUGAUGCAAAUGCAGAAUUAGUGUCAUCAUUGCAGAAAAGGCAAGCCCAAACUAAUACCAGGAGCAGGAGUGAGAUGUUCAAUCCCUGCAAAGAAGACUCUGCGUCUGGAUUCCGAAUAGAACCACCCCGACCAACUCCUGUUACUGAGUCUUCUGAAGACCCACAACGCGCCUACCCAACCAGGAUCUUCCAUUCUGGUCCUUUAGUUAAUCAGAGCCAGCCAUCAAAGGCUGGAGGUGGUAAAAAUGGUGAACUUCAGGUCCCUGGUGUUGCGAAUCACCCUGUGCUUGUGUCAACAAGAUCAGGUCUCCGAACGGACGAUAGCAGCAGGACAAUGGUUGCUCAAGCUGAAGCAUUUGCUCAUGGGCGGAGGCUGUCGGAGUCCAUCAAUGAGCAUUUCAGUAACAGUGGGAAGUACGAUCAAGUGUUCCCGAAGAAGGAUGAGAGGAACAGCAGGGCUGAUGGAGCUAUUGGCUAUGGAUCGAAAGGUAACAAGAUCCACCAUUCUGGGCCCCUGACCUGCCCUUCAGGCAACGUCGACGAGAUGCUGAAGGAGAACGACCGACAAAUCCAAGAAGUCUUCCGGCGAACCCGAGUGGAGAAGUCGAGAGCGAGGAGGGACCAUGGACAUCACCAGGGCGGCAUAAGACCUGGCGAUUUCGGCGCCAUCCCAGUCUUCCCUUCCAGCCGCUCCAGCUAUCAGGCCAUCCAGCAGUGAGGCGCUCGAACAAGAGUUGGAACCUUGAGUUGCUUGGCCCCGUGCUGUUUUCGGGGGGAUAUAGAAGCGCACGCUAUCCUCUGCUAUGCUAUGCUAUGCUAUGCUAUGCUAUGUACAGGGAUGAAGAAAGCAACACCCCGUGUAGUGGGCAUGUGUAUUGGAGAGACUCUGAAGGAAAGAGGGGAGGUGAUUUGUUUAUUGGCGGCGAUUCUGGUUGUCUCGGUGACGGAAGUCAUGUAUUGUCAGGUGGUUUCGAAAUGUUUGCUGCAACUGCAAUGCGAUGGUAGGUGUAUCUCUCAGCUCGCCAAAUCUGAAACUGAAAACCCAAUGUAUGUAUGAGUCGAAAUUGGCCACCAAGAGCUUUAUUCACUGUGAUGAUGCCACCA